AUGGGGGUACUUUCUGAACUCCUCGAGGCGUACCCGAUUUCAGUCCCGGUUUUACUCGGAUUAUCUGUUUUCUUCUUUGUCGAGCAGGCGACGAGAUCCAAGGCAAAGCUUCCAUUCGCAGGGACUUGGUCAUCGGAUUUUUUGAGCCUAUGUUAUGGAUGUUUGAAGUUCGUGAAAUAUGCUAGAAGUAUGUUGGAUGAAGGAUACUGCAAAUUCCCAAAUACACCGUUCCAGGUACCGACCCCCGCAGGAACUAGGGUUAUAGUUCCGCCAAAGUUUGUGAAGGAGCUGAGGAACUAUCCAAAUUCCAAACUGAGUUUUAAUGCUGCUAUUUAUGAUGUUAUGAAUCUAAAGAAAGUUGGGCUAUAUUCCCUAGAGGAAGAUAAUACUCCUCAUCAGAUGUUGACUAGAGCACACCUUACAUCUAAUCUUGCAAAACUUAUUCCCCCAAUACUUGAUGAAUCCAAAUACGCAUUUCAAGUUGAGAUUGGGUCAGCCGAAGAAUGGAAAGCCGUACCCCUUCAUUCGACUAUGACUCGUAUUGUCGCCCGCAUUUCAUCUCGCCUUUUCGUUGGUGAGGAAAUCUGCCGCAACGAGGACUGGCUCCGCAUCUCUAUUGGAUUUUCGACAGACGUCUUCAGCAACGCAUUCUCCAUGUUUCUCUUCCCCAGCUUUAUCCGACCCCUCGCAGCCUACCUGUUACCAUUCCAGCGUAGGGUCCGCCGCCAAAGAAUGGAGUCGCGAAAGAUUCUGGGCCCAACUUACAAGCAGCGACUAGCAGAUAGAGAGGCAGGUAAGCCGAAGGUUGAGGAUGGGUUUGAUUGGAUGAUAUCCAGUGCGGAUCCCAAGUGGCAGAACGUAGAUGAUCUGGUCGAUUUCCACCUGGCCCUGCAGUUGUCGGUGAUCUACAUACCGACGAAUACACUGGUUGGCAUGAUAUAUGAUUUGGCCGCACGACCGGAGUAUAUUGAACCACUACGGGAGGAGAUUAUACAGGCCGUUACGGAGGAUGGCGGGCAGCUGAAGAAAUCAACGCUGGCGAAGAUGAUGAAGGUGGAUAGCUUCAUGAAGGAAUCUCACCGGUUCAACGCCGUUUUGACCUCCUUCACCCGAAAAGCCAUGCAGUCUUUUGACCUCUCAGAUGGGACCCACAUCCCCGCAGGCUCCAUGCUCGCAACAUCCGCGGUUUCUGCCCAUUUCGACUCGACAUACCAUCAGAACCCGGAGGAGUUUGACGGAUUCCGCUUCUACAAGAUGCGACAGCAGACGGGUGAAGUCAACAAGCACUUAUUCGUGUCCACCUCCCCUACGGAGAUCAAUUUUGGAUACGGGGCCCACGCUUGCCCCGGGAGGUUCUUUGUGGCUAACAAGAUGCAGCUGCUGCUGAUCAGGGUAUUGAUGAAGUAUGACUUCAAGUAUCCUGAGGGUAAGGGUAGGCCAGAGGAUAUGGUGUUGGGGGACGCAAGGAUGAUGAAUACAGCGGGAACCUUGAUGAUGAAGGAGAGGGUAGAUGUGCCCAAUUGGGACUUUUUGUGA